UACAGGAAUGUUUGGCGCACCCAAAUUUUACUCCAUGUCAGAGUCUAGAGUCUAGACUAAUGUCAUUAGUAUAUUCUGACUAGUGACCGGCUCACCAAAAACCUACUUGGCCGGCCAGCUGCCAGCCCUUUCAGGAGAAAUUAUUCAAAAGAACACAUGGAGCUGCCGGCGUUAUCUUCCUCGAAUUCGCUUCACGUCCCGGCGAAUUGUUGCCGGUGUGAACCUAAACCCCACGUUCUGACACAUUGCGGCGAUAUGGGCAUCCGUUGCAGAUUCAAUCGCAUUCAGAAUUUGAUAGACAACACUCGUGGAAUCUCAGUCUCUGCGACUUGUAAGAACUACAAAGAUCAAGAAUUUGUAGACUCGUGCCACCGAAAUGAGAGGGGUUGGGUUCACUUUGUGGGCAUCGGAGGUUGUGGGUUGUCUGCUCUUGCCAUGCUCGCACUUAAACAAGGUUAUGAGGUCAGUGGUUCGGAUAUUGUGUGGAGCAGCUUCAUGGAUGGUCUACAAGAGGCCGGUGCACGAUUAUAUACCGGUCAUUCUGUAUUGAAUAUUCAAAAGCAAAAUGGGUUAAGUUUGCCUAAUGCCAUUGUUGUGUCAAGUGCCAUUCCUCAAGAUAAUGUUGAGGUUUUACAUGCCAAAUCUGUUGGAAUACCCGUGUACAAGCGAGAUUAUUGGUUGGGAAAGCUAACCGAGCACUACAAUUUAAUUGCCGUUGCUGGAAGCCAUGGGAAGAGCACGACGGCAAGUAUGCUGGCUUAUGUCUUGAAGGAAAUGGGAGAUGAUGUUACAGCCAUAGUUGGGGCACAUGUGCCGCAGUUUUCUGGAGGAAAUGUCAUCGCAGGGAGUGGUCACAACUUUGUAUUGGAGGCUGAUGAGUAUGACGGUUGCUUCCUGGGAUUAUUACCUGAUAUAGCUGUGAUAACAAAUGUGGAAUGGGAACAUGUUGAUAUCUUUCAAGAUGAGGAGGCAGUUAAAACUAUUUUCAGGAAGUUCCUGAUGCAAAUAAAGGUCGGCGGACAUCUAAUUUUAUGCGGGGAUAGUGUAGGUGCAUAUGACUUGCUGGGCCACAGAAAUCAUGCUACUGUAUCAGACAGUUCAAACCAUGUGAAGUCAAGUUCAGAGCUAGACAAUGAUAGGUACAGAUUAAUGACAUAUGGAAUGUCAAGUUUUAAUGAAUGGCAUGCAACAUCAGUUUGUCCAAACUCACAAGGUGGCAGUGAUUAUAAACUGUGCCAUAGGGGGUGUCCAGUGGUUGAUGUCAGCUUACAGAUACCAGGAGUUCACAAUAUCCUUAAUUCAUUAGCAGUUAUUGCCACAGUAGUUGCUUUAUUUAGUGAUCAAAGACAAAUAUAUGAUCUACUUGAUUCCGUGAGGUUUCAUUUGAGCAAUUUUAAGGGAGUUUCUAGACGUUUUGAGAUGAUUGGUACAAUUUGUGGAUGCCAUAUUCUUGACGACUAUGCUCAUCAUCCAACAGAAGUCUGUGCCGUUCUUCAAGCAGCACGGGAAAGGUUUCCAUGCAAGGAUCUUUUGGUGGUGUUUCAGCCUCAUACCUACAGUCGUCUAGCAGCACUAAAGAAUGAGUUCGCAUCUGCAUUAAGUAACGCAGAUCAAGUUGUAGUUACGGAGAUUUAUGCUGCCAGAGAAACAAAUAUUUGGAAUAUUAGUGGAAGGCAUCUAGCUGCUACUAUAAUUGGUCCGCCAUCUGAAUACAUCCCUUCGCAGGAAGACAUCAUAGAUAAGUUGGUACAUCAAAUAUCCAACGACCCUGAUCAUGAAACCGUCAUCUUAACCCUUGGUCCAGGUAGCAAAUUAGAUUUGCGUGAUAUUACUAAAAUGGGCCGAAAGCUGCUCUGUAAACUGCACCGAAGACUACAGAACAUGGAAUCUUAGCUUGUUCCUGCACUGCUGCUAUUCGUUCUCCCAAAUUUACUUAGUCUGGAUAUUCAAAGCGUUAAUGCUUAAGAUAGAAGCACCAAACUAGAAUUCCAAGGAUGUGGUUGAAAUUUAAGUCUUGACCAAUUGUACAGUCUGGGCACUGGCUCUUGUGCGUCAACAAAUUUAGAGUUUUGAGGUACAGAGGCCAGCUUCUUUUAAUGAGAGGUGACGUCCAUAAUUCGGAGCCAGCUACCUGUCUUUGCCGCUAAUCUGAAACGUUGGUUGUGCCGUCAAGACUUCAUCCUUGUGACAGGUGAAAUAACCAUUGAUAAAAGAAGUAAUUUACUCUGCCGAUCAGGAUAAUGUGUGUGCAGCAGCCAAAGGACCAGAAAGUUCACAGCAGCGCGGUGAAAUGGAUGAUUAGCUCCCUUGGCUACAAACACUUGGCAUGCGAUAAAUACACACAUCCUUUUGUUGUAAUAUCUGUAGCUGACUGUUGUGGAACUGUGAACUAUUGCUAAUUUGCUUGUCCUCGCAAAAAGUACUCUCACAGGCAUGAAUUUUACUUCAUUUGUCAAGCUUACAAGUCAA